AUGGCCUCAGAGGAAGCCGUCAACCCGAUGGCCGAGUCCGGCGUGACCAUGCACUCGGACAGCGAGCAGUACUCGGGAGCCGAAGAGCUGUCUGCGUCGCUGGAGUCGUCGCACUCGCCUGUCAUCCUCUACCAGCCGCCCACGGUCUGGUCGCUGUUCCGCGGCGCCGCCAUCAACCUCUUCCUGCCGUUUGUCAACGGUCUCAUGAUGGGCUUCGGCGAGCUGUUUGCCCACGAGUUUGCCUUCCGGCUCGGCUGGAGUGGAACCCGCGUGUUUCCCUUGUCCAGACGGACGGCCUAUCCGGCCGGCCCGGGCAUCGAGGUGAGGCAAAAGCGGGCAUGA